AUGACAAGAUAUCUACGGUAUGGUGUCACUUGCCAUGAACCCUUCCUCGCACCCAUCAUCCUGUCCAUUCACCCUCCACUCCUCUCCUCUUUAUCGCUCUCUCCUCCCCACAGGCUUGGUAUCGGUACCAUGGAUGAUGAUACCGAUGCAUCCAACUCGCCGAACUCAUCUCCGCCCGACUUCAGCUUUCGUCCCUCGAGCGGUACUCAAGACAGUGUAGCACAGAAUCCGCCGAACCUCUUCUUGUCUGGUAGCCAAUGGACAGAGAAACACCUGGAGGCCUUCAAUCUGGUGACCUCUUACAGCUCCACUACUAGAUUCGUGAAAUCUGUCAAUGACCAUCAUGAACCUGCCACGCUUGGGUGCUGCUGUGACCUGGGUUCCGGGGCCGGUGGCAGGGCUGCCGCCGCCGCCACAAGAUUCGACCAAGCAGCCAGGAAAGCCCUCCUCGAUGGCUUUCCCGCUCUGUGCGAGGCUACCUCGAUCCAUCGCAUCAGCCGUCUUGAGAGUGGUAUUGGCCCUUUAUUAGCUGCUAUCCUGGGCGUCCGGCGUAUCUAUCGCAAAGAAGGCGGCAACAAUCAUCAUGACGACCACAAUCCACCCAGCUCUGUUGCAGCGCCACAAACCCCUCUGCCACAAGCUCCUGCAACUCCUUGUCCUCCGCCACAAACUCCUGCAACUCCCUGUCUUCCGCCACAAGCUUCUGCAACUCCUUGUCCUCCCCCUCCUCGGCGGUCCUCUCGCGUGUCCAAGCCCGCCCCCCGCGGCGCUGACAUGGUCGAUCCACUCGCCAUCUUGUCCUCCUCGCCUGCAGGACCGGGACAAGGAAGCCAGCAGCUUCCCCCAUCCUCCCCAGACUGCAUGCCCAGCCCCGCCUCUGACGACUCAGACGACUUGGCCUUGCGCUGCCAUAACAUACCCGAGAUCCGGUCCGAGACGCUCCUUCACGAGCUCGUUCGCUAUGUCCUCCACCAGGUCCGCCGUCCCAGUCUUGAUGGUGGUGAUGUGGACAGUGACGACAAGGGGACCGAGAUCCAGGUUGGUCACAAAGAGUACGAUUUGAACCCGGAGCACACUUCCCGCAAGUUCCCCGCGGGCCCCCUCAAAGAUCCGACAGAAUUCCUGACUGCCUAG